UCCACGAGAUACAACAAUGGACUACAGCUACGAUACUUUACGAAGCUUCCAAGAAUUUAAAAUCAAAGCCUUCAGAUUCUUCAACGACUAUGACACGGUGUACUUCCACUGCGAGUUACUGGCUUGUCAUAGAUACUCGCCUAACUCCAGGUGUGGCCAGGGAUGCUCAAUCGCUAACAAAAGAAAGAAAAGGGAUGUGACACGCGAUGAAGUAGAGCAUGAAGAAAGUACAAACAAGGUCAUUUUGACACAAGGUCCGCUGGUGUUCAAGAAAGAAGAACAACAAUCGGGAGAUACCGAUCAAAACAAACAAACCGGAGCACUCAUUGGUGGCGUGGCAGCCGCUGGAGGAUUUGGUCUGAUUGCAAUCAUAGCCCUAGCCGUUUUAUUUGUCAAGUACCGCAUUGCCCGACGAUUUAUGAACAGGAACAAGGUUGGAGAUCUUUACACCACUCAAGACCAACAACUGAGCCGAAGACACGCUUACAUACAAGAAGAUGACAUGAUUGAUAAGGAAGACACUUUGUAGGGCGAUAUGAAUACUUUAUCGAGUGUUGUUAAAGCGGAUCUAGACGGUACAAGUUUGUCGCAUGCAGCGCACACUGAUCGCAGCAUGCAAACAUAAGCAGCAGAAGUAAUAUUUUUGUGAGUUAAAUCCUCUGUCUAAAUCUGCAUUUAAACCAAAUGUUCUUACCGUAGGAUUGUAAAAAAGAAAAUAGAAAAAAAAAAA